AACGUGACGUGGGGAGGUCACAUAUUGUAUCGAAGAAGGUUCGGCAUUUGCACGUCAUAAAAAUAACUGGCCCUAGUUUUCACUUGUGUAUUAUGUUAUUGCCAUUCCAAUAUCGAGUCGUUCUAUUCGUACAAUGUGGCAAUGAAACAGGGCUGCCGAGCUAAUGAUCAGUAAUCCGUUAUUAUUGUGCCACGUUUAUGAUUGAUGAGCUAGCACGUUGAUGUAGGUCAGCGACAUGGGCAUGAGACUACAUUACCCAGAAUGCAACGGAACGUCAUCACAACCACCAGCGGCGGCGGCUCAGUGUGUCUCUCCCGUUCUACCAGACUGAUACUGUGCCUCCUCCACCACGGCGUGUGUGCCCGGAUACUGCUCAUUCUGCAUGGGAUAUAUGCACACAAACAGGGCCCGUCGACAGCUUUCUGCUCCGUGGGGCAGCGACCAGCCGGACACUUGUUCCCCGAGCCGAGUGCACGUCAGCCGGUGUGGAUUUGAUCAGACGACGAGUGAUUGGCCCGGUGUAUUUGACAGCUCGAUCGAUGUGUCUAAAUACCGAUGGAGCUUUUUUUGGGGGGACAUCUGGAUGAUUGGCAAGGCGAGGGACACCACGGAGGCUUGACGUGUGGAUGAUGUGGAUCGCUGAGAUGCAGUCUCACGCCCAUAAGUAGUCGAUGGAUGUUGCUAUGCCCACGGUGCAGGUUGGGUUACAGUAAAUACUUGCUUUUAUCAUAGUGCAACCCUUCAGAUGUGGACUAUAUCACUGUGAUUGAACUAUUAUAUUAUGGAACAUGGCCUUAAUUUAUGCUGCACCAUUAGGUUAAUGCUGAUAAGCUAUUUUUUCAUCCUGCCGUCUUAAAGAAGCCCCUAGACAUUUACAGGCUCCCUCCUCCUCCGCUGAUGGAUAAGCUAACACUAAAAUGAAUAAGCCUCCCAUCCACGUCCAUUUGCCAUCAUCACUUUUUUUUGUCUCUACACUGACCUGCUUUCCAGCUGUGGACUGAAUGAAUUGAUAUGAGCGGACCCCCUUUUGAUAGAGGCUGUCCGGGGGUUGUUUUGAGCAGAGUGGCCUUUCAUGCAGGAAUUAGUCCGGAGCGGACUUUCGGGAUGUAAGGCACCGAAAAGAGAUCCAUCCAUUCGGCCAUCUAUGCCGCGCUGUAUAAAGAGAAAGCAGCCCAUAUUCAUGGAGAUGGCUGACGGGGGAGGAGCGUGUACACUCGAUAAUGAGGACCCCGGCUCAGAGGAUUGCACAGGGCUCUGUCAGGGUCUGUCAUUUUCACUUGUAGUCUAACCACAGUCAGUCCCCUGCUAAUCCAAUCUAAUGACAGCCCCUUUUGGAUUCUCACAAUGCAUGGAAAAUUCAUCCAGGCAACAGCAUGAGACCUAAUUGUCAUCUAGUUUAGAUCUACAUGAGCACUUUGCCUAUUUACUGUAAUGGUUAUGGUAGGAGGUUUCAAGUCAGUGUUUCAUGAGCGAUAAGGAAUAUGAGUUAUGCCUUAAGAAAUCAACACGCGUAGUUUUUUUUACAGAGAAAAUUGCAAUUCUAACAACUUUCAAUAGAGACAUAGUCAGUCAUGGGAUACUCUCGUGGCGGUGGGGUUUGACCUAAUGUGCAUUGUCCCCGAGUGACCUGACCCUUUUAAGAAUACAUGCGCUCCCCACGAGCGGAAGCGGGAUUUGGCACUGUUUCAACAACAAGAUGCGGUUAUGGGGGUGCAACACUCCCAUUUCUUUGAUCCGCUGAUCCCCCUUACCCCUCUACUGGUGGCCGAGGACACCUCGCAUCAGUUGAUGGGCCUGCGGUGUGUAUUGUGCCUGAGUUGACAGAGGGCAGACUUGCAGUGUCCAACACCAGUCCGGCCUCCAUGAACCCGUACGGCAGAGUGAGCAACACGGCAGCCCCCCUGUCCUGCACCAGCUGUGGGGGCUGCUGCUCCCCACCUCCACCAUGCCUCAUUCCAUCAACAGCAUCCUCCAUGUCUCCGAAUAUGACCCCGCCGCCUCUCAUGUGCCCUGCCCCGGUCAUGCAAAUGGAGAAUGGCAGUAGCUGGAACUCAUCUUUCGCCUCCCCGGACUCUCACCACCACUGCACAGCACCCAACCCCUACUGGACAGCGGUGUUCGAUUACGAGGCAACAGCAGAUGAGGAGUUAACCCUUAGGCGUGGGGACCUCCUGGAAGUUCUCUCCAAAGACUCCAAAGUUUCUGGGGAUGAGGGUUGGUGGACGGGCAAGAUCCAGGAUAAGGUGGGUAUCUUUCCCAGCAACUAUGUGACAAAGGGGGAUGCUCCCAACUACCAGCAGCUCACUGUAGAUGUGAGUGAAUGCCCUUUGGAGGUCGACUUCUCCGAACUGCUCCUAGAGGAGGUUAUUGGAGCUGGUGGAUUUGGGAAGGUGUAUAAAGGGAUCUGGCAGGGGGAAGAAGUUGCAGUCAAGGCUGCGAGGCAAGACCCUGACGAAGACAUCAGCGUGACAGCGGAGAGCGUACGCCAGGAGGCCAGACUCUUCUGGAUGCUCCGGCACCCCAACAUCAUCGCAUUGCGUGGGGUCUGCUUGCGCGAGCCCAACCUGUGCUUGGUCAUGGAAUACGCCAGAGGUGGGGCCCUCAACCGAUCAUUGGCUGGAAAGAAGGUGCCCCCGAGGGUGCUGGUGAACUGGGCUGUGCAGAUUGCAACAGGGAUGGACUACCUUCACAACCAGGCAUUUGUACCCAUCAUCCACAGAGACCUCAAGUCCAGCAAUAUUCUCAUUCUGGAGCCGGUGGAGCAUGAUGACCUGAGUGGGAAGACCCUGAAGAUCACUGACUUCGGCCUGGCGCGAGAAUGGCACCAGACCACCAAGAUGAGCGCAGCGGGCACAUAUGCCUGGAUGGCACCUGAGGUCAUCAAGCUGUCCCUCUUCUCCAAAAGCAGCGACGUGUGGAGUUUUGGUGUGCUGCUGUGGGAGCUGCUCACCGGCGAGGUUCCCUACAGAGAAAUAGAUGCCCUGGCCGUGGCUUACGGCGUGGCCAUGAACAAGCUAACACUUCCCGUCCCGUCAACAUGCCCUGAACCUUUUGCUCAGCUCCUAGUAGAGUGCUGGAGCCCGAUCCCCCACAGCAGGCCCUCCUUUACCAGCAUCCACCGGCGGCUGCUGGCUAUCGAGCAGUCGGCCAUGUUCCAGAUGCCCCUGGAGUCCUUCCACUCCUUGCAGGAAGACUGGAGGCUGGAGAUCCAGCAGAUGUUUGACGAGCUGCGGGCCAAAGAGAAGGAGUUGAGGUCUUGGGAGGAGGCACUCGCCCGGGCGGCUGAGGAGCAGCGAGAGCAGGAAGAGCAGCUGAGGAGGCGAGAGCAGGAGCUGGCCGAGCGCGAGAUCGACAUCGUGGAGCGCGAGCUUAACAUCAUCAUCCACCAGGUGUACCAGGAGAAGCCCAGAGUGAAGAAGAGGAAGGGACACUUCAAGAAGAGCAGACUGCUCAAGCUGUGCAGGGACGGCAACAGCAUCAGCCUGCCCUCUGGCUUCGAGCACAAGAUCACGGUGCAGGCGUCCCCCAGCGUGGACAAGAGGAAGGCACAGGGCAGUGAAAGCACCACGCCGCCCGCCAGCCCAGGCGUCAUUCCUCGCCUUCGAGCCAUACGAUUGACCCCGAGUGACAGCAGCAAGACAUGGGGCCGCAGUGCGGUGUGCAAGAAGGAAGACAUGUCGGCUGGCAAGAAGAAAGGACGCACGUGGGGACCCAGCUCGACCCAACAGAGGGAGCGGGUCGGGGGAGAGGAGAAACUGAAAUCACUAAGCGAGGGCUGCAAAGUGUGGUCAUCCAGUGCUCCAAACCUGGGAAAAUCCCCCAAGCACGCACCAAUGACAGUGGGCUUCUCCAGCCUCAGUGAGAUGGAGGAGUGCUGCGAGUUGGAAGAAUCGCCGGGUUCCCUGCAGCCCUCCGAGACGAGUAGCAACGGUGCGGCCGAUGACUCGGGGUCUCUGUGGAGCGCCCCGGGUUCCGGCACAGCCACUGCCAAUGUGGGCUCGUCCGGCGCCAGCUCCACUCAGGGUUGCGUGGGAACGGCGGCCACGCUGAGCCACCAUGACUCACUAAGACGCUGCGGCCAGAGGAAGAAGAGUGACAUGCUGCUGUUGGGUUGUGCUUCGCUGCUUGCCUCGGUGGGUCUGGGCCAAGACCUGUUGCAGCUGGGCAGACUGCAGGUACUUCAGGACGAGCAGGACACAAGAGAGGAGCAGAGGAAGAAGAAGGAAAGUCUUUUCCAGCGCACCGGACGUUUCCGUCGCAGCACAUCGCCCCCCAGCAGAAACCUUUCUUUGUCACUCUCCCGCCAUCACGAUUCCUCGCUGCCCUCCCUGGACCCUUCCCCAUCCAUCACGCUGCUCUCCUUGUCCUCGCUGUCUGACUGUAAUUCCACCAAGUCCCUCCUCCCCUCCGACCCGGACGACUACCCCUUGAUGCCAGGCAAAAUGCAGGCCCCGCCCCCGGCGGGCUCCUCCCUCAACCCGCUGCUGGACUUGCGGACAGAGAGUUUCAAGAAGGAGCCCAACCAGUCUCUCACACCCACCCACGUGUCUGCCACCAUGGCGGUCAACAGGGGGCACAGACGCACCCCAUCCGACGGCGCCAUACGACCCCGGGCGCAGACUCUUGUCCACCGCAGGACGCCGUCUGACGGAAGCGUGCCAAUGCCCCCUCCGACAGGGGGACCUGUCAUCAGAGCAAACAAAGGUGUGCUGGAUACCCUGGACAUCCCUCGCUUGCCAGACCCCUCGGCCCUCUUCUCUCUCCCCCAACGUCGAAAGGCCCCCGCACCCCCCGUUCCCGCUCCGGCCCCCCUCUGCCUCAUUAGCCCCCUGGAGCGACCCAAGACACUGGAGUUCGCUGCCCGUCCCCGGCCAGCUCCGGCCCGGGCGCACACCGACCAAUGGAAGCCGGGCUCUCUAUCCGGGACCCUGAACUCCUCAUCGGGUAGCGGCUGCAAUGGCCCGCCGGGAUCGAGGGACGGCGGGAGCGGUGCCGCGCGGCCCAACCUGAUGGACAUGGAUGUGGAGGGGCAGAGUUUGGACCACACGGUACCUCUGUGCGGGAAGAUGCAGCCCGCCGCCCUCUGCGGGCAACAGUACACAUAGCGACGGUCAGCACGCAUUUUUUGUACCAAAAAUGAGCGAUGAUCACACUUACUGGAAGCCAUCCCUUCUACUAAGGUGUGAAGACAACCCUUCAUUCUCCCGACUAACUUAACUACCAGUUAAACGCCUCAAAAAGCCAUUCUGAAAACAAGUCAACUCACACUGCAUCUGCUUGCAUCAUUCCCACAGAAAACGCAACACUGAAUUGUUCCUUUUCUUCAUCCAUGUGGCGUCUCUUUCCACAUUCGCCUUCUGUGUGUUGUGCACCACCGACCGAAGGACUUGUUGCAUCAUAAAGCAAAAGUUCCCCCCAUCAUGUCAUGCAAGGGUGUGAAAAGGCGCUUCGUGAAAUGUUCACCAUGACUACUGGAAGGACACAACGGUCAACCACAUUGAGCCACUGAGACCGAGAGUGGGCUGACUCCAUUUUGGUCAUUUUGCAGCAGAGUGAUUUCAAAUCUAUCAAAUCUGAAGGAUUUAUUUGUUGGACCUUUCCAGUGCAAUGAUUACCAAUGAUUAUCACUCUCAUUUGAAUUCCUAAUUCUGUUUUAAUUUAUAACACAGAAUUUAAAACCCUGACAUUUGCGUCAAACUCUGCCUUGAACCCCACAUUUUAAACCCUUUAGCCCAUUUUAAAACCCUCAAUUUGAUUUUUUUUUCCCCAACAUACCUUCACCCUAGUUUAAAACCCGAACCCAAAUUUGAAACCAUAAUUUUGCCUUGAUACCUCAGGGCCAGUUUGCAACCCUUGUCAAUGUGCAUGCUAAAAAUUGUGCUUUUCUUGUUUUCCCCAAAACAUUUCAAGAUAUAAUAUGGCAAGUUUGCUAUUAGGCAAAUGAUGUGAGGAAAGAAAAUGCUCAUUGUAGUAUUACAAGAAAGAAGAAGUCAUAAUAUUAAGAGAAAAAAAUGGAGCAUUUUACAGGAAUCAAGUUAGAAUGUUAUGGGGGAGAAAAUCCAAAAUCUACAAGAAAAAUAUCUAAAUAUAAUUAGAGAACUGUUUUAAUCAUGUGCAAAAUGUAAUAAAAAUAGUCUAGACUAAUUUUCCUCUUUAUUUUUUUUCAAAAACCCACUUCUUAAAUUAACUUCGACUUCAGCUUGUAAUUUUGGGCCUUUUUGACCCUCUACGGCCACCGCCCUCGUCCUUUUUCUCAAAAUAGGUGGUGAAAGUCUCGGGCUGAAUCUUUUCUUCUGCGCAUUGCUUCACCAGACAGCAUGGAUUCAUCAUGACCUUUUGAGACAAAUGCAACAUACAACUUCAACCUCACGAAACCUCUCCGAGCACCUCAACCCGCAUCCCACUCUCUUUGAUAUCCCCCCCACCUCAGUCCCAUUUCACUCCCAGUGGCACUUUCGGAGCCUUGUUGGUGGGCCACUUGCAGCUGACAAAUCACUUUGGACUUGUUGCACUACUGCGCAAAUAAAGGGAUUGAGUGUGUUUGAGUGUGUGCGUGUUGUAUGGGACAACCUUCUUGUGCUCAUGGGUAUUUAUUAAGAUUAAAUUGUUCUUAUCUGGUAUAAUUAUUGUUCCAGUGCUUUUUUUUUUCUUCCCGUGUACAUAUUUGUUAAUACGGGCGUGAAAAUGAGAACAAAAAUUGUCAUGUAAUGAACACUUGGUUGCAAGAUGAAUAAAAAGGAAGAAAGAUG